CGGAUUCACAGUUGUUUCAACAUUUAGCUCUCUGUCUGCAUCCCAGAAACAAAGUCCAUAGUUAUUCUCCCAAUUUGUUGGAACAUGUGAUAUGAUACCUGAAGGGCUUUUCCAAUUUUGAAGCAAAAGCUUAGAGAGAGAAGGAAAACAAAGUAUGGCAAAAAGCCAUGGAGAAGGGUUUAAGCAUAAGAUAAAGUCAUUGCUUGGGAUACGAAAAGCAAAUACUAUCCAGAAAGCAGGGAUUGAGAAUGAAGAAGAACAUGGUUUCAUCUUCUCCCCGGAUGUGCUUAAGGAGAUCACCAAGGAAAAUAAUUUUGGUCACAGAGCCAGAGUAUUGAAAGAGUUAUGUGAAGUUGUCUCAACAAGAAAACUUGAAGAGCAUGCUGCAGAAGCAGUUUGGAGUGAGAUAUCAGAUAUGCUGCAGCCAACAGUGCCAACAGAUGCCAGGCAAACAACCUUGAAGUUUCUUGUCUGUCUGAUAACUGGUCAAUUUCAAUGGCUUGGAAUGUUAAGAGCCCAGUUUCUGAGGCUUAUUGAAAAUCAUGACGUGAAAGAAGAUCUUAACUGCAGGAUAGAGCUGUUAAGAGCCUUGACUGACAAUGGCAAAGAUGUUUCCUACUGCGAGCAUUUUGGGCCUUUUCUUCUACGGUUUUCACGACAAGCGUUGACAGGAGACAGGACUGUUGAGUACCUUUAUUUUCUCAUCAACUUGGUGCAUUACAAUUCAAGCUUUUUGGAGAAAGAUAUAAUAACAGAAUUAGUAGAACAAGCCUGUGCGUUUUGCAAUAAAGCCAAAGUUGAAAAGGAGAUAGAGUGUUGUAUUCUGCUGCUUGAUGCCACUGUUCGUUAUGGUGGUUUGCCAUCUGAUGGCCUGUACCCGUUAAUCGCAACCCUUUGUCGCACGGUGAACAUCGAAAAAUUCUGUCAAGCCAGCUGGAAGCUCAUGAAGACUUUGGUAGGCACUCGCCUAGGACAUAGCGCCAUCUAUAUCAUGUGCUGUAUUCUAGAAGACGAGAAUAAUACCAGUGAUUCAAUACUUCUCCGCGGUGCUGUGUUUUUCAUCGGAAUGUGUGUAUGGGGGUCAAAGAGAGUUUCUUCACUUCAACACAAACCAAUUUCGUUGUUGCCGUCAUUCAAGCAGGCUCUUCAUUGCAAUCACCCGAUUGUUGCCCACGAGAUUGGCCUGUCUCUACAAAGACUGGUUAAGAAAUACGGAAAGGACCUGAAAAUUGUCACCUGGGAUAUCAUUCUAGAUCUGAUUGAUAUGCUCAUCAAAUUGCUGCAGAACCUGGCAAACUCAAAUGAUUCGUUGAAGAAAACAGUGCACGACCUCCUCACUACAAUUGAAGAGCUUUACAGCGCCGGUCGAUUCGACGGGUCAGCUGACCGAUUCUUUGCCAUUAUUGAGCGAUGUUCUGCACAGAGACCAGAGUCGUCUGUUCUCACCUUAUUGACAUUCCUCCGUAAAAAAAUAGACCCUGCUAAUGAUGGUUGGCUUGAUAAAUUAAAGUUUGUGAUGGAAAAGUACUUUCGGAAUUCAAAACAGACUGCCGUGAGGGUGAAAGUUCUUGAUAUUUUAUCAGAUGUAAUGAAUUCUUAUAGAUAUUGGUAUGAGGAAGAAAUCCUCGAGUUGGGUGUAUUAUUUUAUCUCAGUAACAUGGAGAAAGAAAAGGACUCCAGUGUCAGGCUGGUGACAGCUCAGUUGCUGGUUGAUUUAGUAGUUACGUGCAGUUCAAGUAAAUGCGCAGAUAUUCUAGCAGUUGUGAAAAAGCUCAUAAAUCGUUUGAUGGAUUCAAGUGGCAGUACUAGGAAGGGCAAUGGCGAACAGCUCAUUACCGAUGGGGAACAUUUGAGAGACAUCAAAGUUGCAGUUUGUGGUUUAGUCGUAGCAUUUAAGCAAAAGCUUUGCGACUCGUCUACAAUGAUUGCCGUCAAAAUACUAGACAUUCUUGUAGAGCAUAUCUCAUUGCAUUACGUAAAUGGAUUCACCGCCCAUUCUGGUGCCAUUGUUCGUCUUGAGAUAUUGAAAUUGUUUUUGAGCAUACGAUCCGAUGAAAGCCAUCGUGUCGGAUUUCUGGAGUUGGACAGUGCUGAUCAAAGCAAAGAAAAAAAAUUCAGUGUUUUUGCAACUUGCAAACGAAUGAGAGGAAAAGAAACUGCUGCCCCAAGCCCUCUUGGAAGAAAAAUGUCACUUACCAAGUACUGUCCUACCUACAAGGCAUUUGAUGCUGUUUUAAACUGUUUAAAAGAUGAGUGGGAAUGGAGUGUGCUGCAGUUCGUGCUUCAAAAUCUGCCUGCUCAGCUUCGGAAUAAAACGCUUAUUUUGGGAGGCGACGCCGAUGUAUCAAAUCUAUGUGCCUUUCUUUGUUAUAUGGUCAACGAUGGCCAGUUUUUGAACAAAGCAAAGAAUGUACCCCCUGGUUCUGGUCGAGUCGAGCUGCAUAACCUAGUAUUUCCUAUUCUUGCUGUACUAGUUACCUAUCAGAAUACAAUUGAAAGGCAAAGGCAGCUUGAGUUGGUCAAAAGUUUGGAACUUGGCUUGAAUAGUCAAUGUGCGCGUCUUUGCGUCGUGUGUUUGACGAUCUGCAUACUGGAAAUGAAAUCAGUCAUGCUGCGCACGCUACCAUCCAUACUCAUUAAGCUUUCAAAAAUUUCUGCCACCGUCAUGAUGUCGAUACCCAUGCUGGAGUUCCUCUCAAGUUUAAAAGAAGUGAAAGACCUGUACUCGAACUUCGUGGAGGAGCAGUACAUGAGUAUAUUUGCAAUCGCACUACCAUAUACUGAUGCAUACAGAUACUCUGCGUACACGGUCACUCUUGCCCAUUACGUCAUUUCUUCGUGGUUCACCAGAUGUCGCUUGGCGUUUAGAAAAGGCUUUGUGAGGCUGAUAACAAAGGGACUUCAGUCGAGCGUAAUUAUCAGGCCUAGUUUUUCGCAAGCUAGUGAUAAACAGGCUGGUUCGGGUAAGCAGUUUGGGACAAGUGAAGAAACUCAAGUGUUUCAUGAAGAUAUGAAAGAAGUUUGUUCAGAUAUGAUGGCAAAAUACUCCUUCUCGACAUUGUCAAAUCAACCUAAAAGGUCAUCGAUCGUUGAGUUCCUUUUAACAAACGGACUGUCACAAAGCUGGCUUGUAGGUAACACUUUAGUGACAGUCACAACCAGUGGCUCAUCCUCAGAGAUGUGCGUGGCUUGUAACCAGAGACGUGCCAUAUUAACAGCCAAUAAAGCUGCCGCCAAGCUCAGGUCCCAGAAACUUAACGAAGAGAGGCGUUUGAAAGGGGAUCAUCAAUUGGCUGAAGAGCAAGAAUCUUCAUUGUCGCUAGCUGUUGAAGCAAGUAUAGCGAAAGCAAGUAUGGGGAAAGCAAGUAUGACAAAAGCAAGUGACGGCUGUUCUAUAAUGGCUGAAAAUGGUAUCCCUAAAGAGUCAAAGAAAGGUCAGGUUAGGCCGGAAUUGAUGCAGGUGUCAACGACAGUUGCCAGUGGCGAAAAAGGUAGGCCUAGGACAGACAAUAAAGGAUCCGACACCACAACCACUAGCUUCGAAAUCAAGUCUUGCGAAGAGGCUGCCGGGGAUCGUAAGGAAUCAAGAGUUGACAGUGCUGUUGAAAUGACUGAAGAAUAUGAAUCUGUAAAGGAGGGUGGCUUGGUGACAGCAGAGCUUUCAUUGCCUCCUGAAGUCAAAUUCGAAGUCUCGGAAUCCCCGGCUGCCCAGUCAUAUCUUCCAUUGAUAGAACCAGAUGCCUUGCCUGAUGAGACUGGCAAUGAGAUAUCGCUUGUUAACCGACUCGCUCUUCAAGAGCAGGACACAAGCACUGGCUACGUCUUUUCUCCAACGAAUUACUUUCUCGAUGAGAUGGGUUCUUUAGCUGAAACAGGUAUUUCCGCAACAUCGUCUAUGGAGUUCUUAAAAGACCAAGCUGAAUUAAAAGAUGAUGAUGCUGAGGAUGGCGAUAAUGGAAACGAGUUAAAACAAGAACAUCGCACCUCCGAAGAUUCUAGAAUUCAAAAAGAGACAACAGAAAUGAAUGUUGUCCAAAGCCAGCAGCAGUCGGAACAUUUGGUUGCAAAAACUGCAGAAUGCGGGGAAGCUUUAUCUGUCCAUAGUGCUGGCGUUGAAAAGCAGGAACGAACAAGCUCUAAAGAAAUGAUGCUGCUGCCUGGGAAGUCUACCUCGGAUGUUGAGACACAACGCCCGCCUAAAAGCAUUGCACAGAAAGGAAAAGUUGAUAGUCCUGACUCUCAAGUUCCACGACAAUUAAUUUCCAGGCUUGAGCAAGAUGCACCGGCGUUAGGAUACAACGAAGGUCUUCCUAAGCAGAGCUUACUUCGUGCUCAACCUGUGUCAACAAAUGUCUCUCAGAAUUCCUCUUUGCAAGCUUCCCCCGCGACAUCUAAAAAGACGUCAUUUCAGAAUUCAGUCGAACUUUCUUCAGAAUUUGAAAUGGUUGAUGAAGCUGAUGCAGCCUCGUUCUCGCGCAAAGAGAGCAGCAGUGCCAGAUCACUGCCAAACACAAUAUGCAAUUGCUCCUCGGAUGGCUGGGCUGAGAUCGUGAUACGCAGACCAACUGGCAAUACAUCUUGGGUGAUAAAAAUCGAAAAUGUUCUCCAUGAAAGUGACACAAGCCGGAUUGAAGAUAUCACUGCACUAGCUGCAGCGGUUGAAGCCGAGGAUUAUACGUCAGAUAUUCGAAAAUUUUAUGAUAGUCCUUCAGAAGAAGUCACAUCAACCAGACCGCGAUUCAUGUCUGUCGUGACGGAUGAGCUAAGCAAAGAGAGACAAGCCGCUCGAUCCUCCUCGGACAGUCCCAAACCUUUCUCGCAAGACAUUUCUUCCGAUUCGCCCUCAAGUUUUCGUAGACGCCGAUUUAGCACUGGUUCAAUGGAUAUCUCGGGAACUUUUCGUUUUAGUUCUCCAAGCCCGGAUGUUAGCAAAGAAAAAGAUGCACUCAUUGACGCCUCAUAUGCCAUGAAAUACAAUUUUGAGAAGCCUUCGCUCGGACUGUCGCCGCUUUCACCGUUAAAAAGACAUGGCAGUGCCAACUCUGUUUCUGACAUAAAAGAGAAAAGAUCAGAUUUUACAAAGGAAUUCAGUUUGAGUAGCAGCUAUCGCGGGGAAUGUGAAAAACCGAUCUGUGAACCUCUAGCUACCGCUGUACCACUGGACACCGUGAACAUUCUCGGGAAAAGUAAGCUCUCCAAGACACUGUCAGGCCCAGCGACCACGAGUGCGAGCUCUCAGACCGCCGUCUUGUCUUCGCUGCAGAAUUUCGCUGCAUCAAAAGACAAGGAAAUGCAAAAGCUACCCGCUGCCCACGAUAAGGAAAAUCGUGAAGCACCUGUGUCGAAAUUUGUUGGAUCAAAAAAUGUUGGACAGAUGGGGUCGUUGAUAAAGGAUGAAAGUGGAGUUAGUGCUAUUGGUGCUCAGGAACCGGAAGCUUCAAAGGAAAGUCAACGUGAAUUACAAAAGAAAGGCCCGCUGAAGCUGGAGCCCCAGAAACAGCUCAAAGAGCCGCUCAAGGCUGGUGCCCAGGCCCUCAAAGAACGAAUAAGCAGUUUUUCAACGUAUCGUCCACGUGGGAAGACUAUUUCCGCCUACCCAGUGUCAAAGAUUCCCCAAACUGGGGCCGAAAAUAAAGACAGACUGACGUUGCCAGACAAGGGUUUCAGGGCGUCGUUGAAUCCCUACUUUGUGUUUCUUCAAUUCUUUUAUUCACCAUUCGUCAAUGCUGGGGGUAGUGGUAGGCCUUUGCUGCUUGGUUGUGGAGAGGUCAUUGAUAGAGCUGUGAGGAUGCUUGAUCGAAUCCCGCCGUAUGACCAUCACAAAAUAGGUGUUCUCUACGUUGGCCCUGAUCAGGAAUCAAAUGAAACCGCUAUUCUAGCCAAUCAGUUUGGCUCGCAUAGAUACCUACAGUUCCUGAGUGGCCUUGGAAAACUAACAAGUUUAUUAGAUUGCUCUUACACCGAAGUGUACACCGGAGGCCUGGAUCGAAAUGGGGAGGAUGGGAAAUUCGCGUAUUCAUGGAGAGACGAUAUUACCCAAGUUAUAUUUCACGUGGCGACUUUGAUGCCAAGCAAACAAUCGGAUCCAGCUUGCUACUCCAAAAAGCUUCAUAUUGGCAACAACUUUGUGACCAUAGUUUACAAUGAUUCGAAGAAGCCCUAUCAGUUUGGUACUAUAAAGGGACAGUUCAAUUUUGCUGAAGUUUUAAUCAAGCCGCUAGAUUAUAAUAGCAAUCUUGUAACUGUGAGAAUGAAAGAGGAUUUGAAGGAUGUAGCCACAAACACAGGACCACACGUCAUUUCGGAUGAUAAUCUACCGAUCCUGGUUCGGCAGCUGGCAAUCCACACCAAUAUGGCCACUGUUCUUCAUCGCAAUAAGAACAAACCGAGCGACGCAUAUGGCUGCAAUUGGUUGGAACGAUUAAGGCAGAUCAAGAGAAUUCGCUCAAAGGCGGCAACAGAGAACCAAGGCUUGCUGUCAUCUUCAACUGUUGGGUCUUCAAAGAGUCCAUUAACUGAGACAGUGGGAGCAUCAAAUCCAGAUUUCACGGAUUACACUUGAUUCACUAAGUUUGCUUGUAACCAGUUUAAUUGUCACAAGGAAUACUCAAUCACUACCGGGUCUGGGGUGAUAAGAAAUAUUGUGAUUUAAGUAAUUAUUAUGACUUAAGUGAGACGUCAUUAGCCUUUGAUCAUAUAACUUUCAAGAAAACCAUGAAAUUACAAAAUCAGAUACUUAUAUUUGAUGUUUGGUAAAAUUUUGCAAAUGAAGGAGACUAAAUACAGUGAUCUGAUGGGGCUUGUGCGGCCAUUUCUCAGCUAAUCAGUGCCAAAUAAGAGAGAACAAGACGCAUUUUGAAACUUCUUGCGACAUCAACAACUGAUUAUGCAGAAGUAGGACAGCGUGUUUUCAAAUUUAUUGCGAAACAGUAGCAAGAUUUAAGAUGUUAUUGAGAGAAAGUAGUUGUCAUGAUUAUCUCUUGUUCCGUUUGUUUUCACCUGUUCCCUAACAGCAGUGUUUUGUACAAAUUCGACACGUGCCUCCGAUCGUGAACUGCGCGAACAACUUUUUAGCAGAACAAUUUUAAAUCCGUCUAUGAUAUGUCGCUCUAACGGUGCUAGGGUGCUGGUUUAUGCAAAAAUUAGACCAUUUCUACUACUUACUUCUGUUGUGUAAGGUAUCUAGGACUCUUUUGCUACUUUCAAAGCCCCGCUCCUCUAGUGGUGUUCAAGCAAACAGCAAAGAGAAAGCAAGCCUAUAUUAUAUUGCUUUUGCUGAUUUAUAAAUAAGAUCCGAACAGUAUAUGUCCAGUAGAAUUCUAUAGAACUACGUGAAAACAAACAAUGAGAGAAUGUGAUAGUGUAAAGCGCGUUAAAAUUUGCUUGUAGUUGCUCGUAGUUGCUCGUUGGAGACCUUUCUCAUUCCUUCUUGCGGAAUUUCAGUUUGGUCGCUGAUCAAAUUGUUCAGCUCUCCCUUCAGGUUUUUCAAAGGGGCGACAAAUUCCCUUUUGGUGCACUUUUGUUGUGUUUUCAUCUCUACAAGCAAAUUUUAACGCGCUUUACACUAUCACAUUCUCUCAUUGUUUGUCAUCACAGAAGAAAUGUGAAGCAAAUUGUACCUGAAGAUGAUAGUUUACUGCAGCCUUUACAAAAGACUUUGAAAAGAGCUAUAUUAUUUUGCAAAAAAUUGGGAGACCAUGGCUUAAGAAAUCCCCCCAACCCCUUCGUCAGAGGCCCUACUCGCUCUUCUCCCUACGCAAGUAUCCUCUCUUCUGGUUACGUGCCUUAGCCAUCUAAGCCUAGUUUCUCUGAGCUUUCCACUUAGCUCACUAACUGGUAGUCGCUUAUUCUGUAACGAGUAUAGAAAAUUAUAGAAACGGAUCCUCUUCUGUUAGCAAAAUACAAGUAAACAGAGGUUCAGGCCGGAUGAUAUUGAUUUUCCCAAAAGUUGUUAGGCUGGAUUGAUCCUAAUUGCUCUUAAUUCAAUAGGAUGUAAGUCAAAGAUGUCUCGACACGGGAAAACAUUUAAAUGCACAUUUUGUGUGUAUAAUGAAGGUAAUCUUGAUCUUUAUCUUGGCUAAAUAUAUAGACAUCCUGCCGUGAAAGAUAAGUCCGAGCAAUGUUGUCAAAAUGCUCUUAAAAUGUUCCUUUUUUCCUCCAUUCAAUCUUAGUUUUGUUUUUGUUUACAUGCAAUUAUGAGGCUCAAAUUCUUAUAAGAUUGUAUGUGCAGACGUCCAGAUCAUUCAAUAACACAGUUAGAAACUCGUGCUAAUAUACACUGUUGUUUAGUUAGAGAAAUGAGAUUGAUUGAACGAG